AUGACCGUUGUUCUGUUGACUUUGACUGCACCGGUUCCCAUACAAAGCAAGAGGGCCGGCAUACCCACCAGGUACAUUACCUACAGCUUUGACAUCAACAACGGCGGCUUGGAUCCUCAGGGGGAUGUGCCGGUCAAGUUGCCUGCCGAGAUGCGUGGUGCAGAUAACGACCUCCGGGAGAUGUACGACAUUUUCGAGGGGUCGGUGAGGGAUGAGAUCAGGGUGUUGCAUGAGUAUAUGAAAGUGCAGUUCUCCGUGCAGUCGGAGCAGCUGCAGGAGCUGCUCUCCCAGCUCAAAGGAGCCUUCCCCUCACGAGCGGAUGAUCGGCUACGUCAGCCGUCGUCGGCCCGGGAAUCAAGCAUCGAUUUCAGUAGGCUCGACAAGCUGAUGUCUAUCCAUGGUCUGGACUUGGAGUUCGGAAAGUUCGGGAAGACCGACGUGCCAUCCCCCGACAACCUUGAGGGUGUCGGGCAGUUGUUGGCGGAGCAUGGCAUUGUUCUGGCCGAGCCUCACGCGGGAGGCAGCGCUGGCAGCCAGGCAGGGGUGCGGAGUGUGAAGGAGGAGCCACGCUUGUCAGGUACUGACAGCGAAGCAGCGCGGGUGAGAGUCAAGGAGCCGCCAAGACACUCGGAGACCCCCUCCAUUGUGAGCCUGCCUCCGGCCUUGCAUCAUGAGGAACAUCGGGACACCACGAAUGACAGCCCGGAGAGCCGCGAUGGGACCCGUGAGGGCUUGGCUGAGAAGCGAGAUAGCUCCCGUUUCAGCUUUGUCCGUUCGAAGCUCCUUGCGCAGCAUCAAAUCGCCAGGGAAGCUGCUUCUCAAGUAGCCCUUGCCCCGCCUCCGCAAGAAGAGAAAGUCAGCUCCACCAACGACCUGGUCGGGAAAGUUGUUUCCUCGAACCUCUUUGUCUACGGCAUCAUGUUGCUCAUCUUCAUCAACCUCCUCUUGCUAGGCAUAGAGGUGGAGAUGUCCAUGACGCUGGGACAGGAUGAUGUUCCCACCUGGUUUGAGACGCUCAACCUGAUGAUCGUCAUCAUCUUUGUCGUGGAGAUCGUCAUGAAGCUGUUCGCCUUUGGCUGCAGGGAUUUCUUCAUGGGUGCCGACGGCCAUUGGAACGUUUUCGAUCUGAUCAUCAUCAUGCUGUCAGUGGUGGAGACGGUGCUGGAUUUCUGGGCAGCGUCGCAAUCUGCCUCGCAGGUGGAGUUGAGUCACUUGCGCGUGAUGCGCUUCAUGCGCUUGGCUCGGACCCUGCGCGGAAUCCGAGUGAUUCGGCUGCUUCGGUAUGUGGGCGCCUUGCGAACUCUUGUGUUCUCCAUCUUGAACACACUGAAGUCCCUGCUGUGGACGCUGAUCCUUCUGUGCUUGCUUUUCUAUUCCUUCGGCGUUGUGCUGGCCCAACUUGUGCAAGAUCACUGCAGAUUCGAAGCCAUUGUUGCGACUGGAGACAGCAACGCCGUGCCAUAUUGCAAUGAUGAUGUGCUUCGCAAAUAUUGGUCCAGCAUCUUUGAAAGCAUGCUGACGCUUUUCAUGGCUAUUUCUGGAGGUCUGAGUUGGGGCGAAGCGAUGGAUCCAUUGAAAGAUUUUUCGUUUGUGGCCGUCGCGUGCAUGGUGGUUUAUGUGCUGAUCGCAGUUUUUGCGGUCAUGAAUGUGGUUACUGGAGUUUUCUGCAACACAGCUAUUGAAAGCGCGAACUCGGACAGAGACAUCAGAGCCGUCGAGCAGCUGAACAAGCAGACGGCGCUGGUCAGGUCUCUCCGUGAGCUUUUCAACGAGAUUGACCAUGACCGGUCCAACCUAGUCAGCAUUGAUGAGUUCAAAGUCGCCGUGAACACACCCAAGAUGGCGAGCUUUCUGGAGUCCAUGGGCAUCUCGACACAAGACGUGUGGACGCUCUUCACGAUCAUCGAUGCAGACUCCAGUGGCCUCAUCGACUUGGAUGAGUUUGUGCAGGGCUGCAUGGAGCUGUAUGGUCCCGCGAAGAGUUUUCAGGUGUCGAAGAUGAGUUACGAGAACAAAAUUACCCGCCAAGCCAUUAAGAAGCUUGUCAGGGAAACGUCGGACGUGAAGCGACAGCUUGCGUUGAUAGUUCAAAAUGCAAAGUACACACAUUCGGUGACACACCGGAGAUGA